GGACAUGCUGAUCACGGACCUUCCCGCCUCCGUAACCUUCCUGCAGCUGUGCGGCGAGGUGAGGACCAUGUGCAGCGUGGCCAAGCAGCAGCCCAUCACCCUGAAGUGGAUCGAUGAUGAAGGAGAUCCUUGUACCAUCUCCUCCCAGAUGGAGCUGGAUGAAGCUUUUCGGAUUUACGGCCGAACACGAAGUUCUGGACUUCUGCUGCAUGUUCCCGAGCAUCCCGGAGCAGCCCGGCUUUCCCUGUCCAGGAGAAGACAAAUCGAUCUAUCGCCGUGGAGCCAGAAGAUGGAGGAAGCUCUACCGGGUCAACGGACAUCUAUUCCAGGCCAAGCGCUUUAACAGGAAAGCCUACUGUGGCCACUGUGCUGAGAGGAUAUGGGGGCUGGGCAGGCAGGGCUACAAGUGUAUCACCUGCAAACUGCUGGUCCAUAAGCGCUGUCACAGACUCCUCCCUCAGACCUGCCAGAGUCUUAUGGAUCCAGUCAUGCCAUCGCAGGAGCCGCCUUCAGACGCCCAGAGGCAGGAAGUGGAGCCUCCAGCAGACGAGACCGAGGACGCCGACGACAUCCAGUUUCUGCCGCACGACUGUGUGGAGGAGAAAACGGAGGAUGCAGAGACGGAGGACAUCAAGGCAGUGGUUGAAGGUCUGGACGGCAUCAAGCUGUCCCAGGUUGCGACCCUGAAGCUGAGCGACUUCGAGCUGAUCCGGGUGAUCGGGCGCGGGAGCUACGCCAAAGUCCUGCUGGUUCGGCUGAAGAAGAACGAGCAGGUGUUCGCCAUGAAGGUGGUGAAGAAGGAGCUGGUCCACGAUGACGAGGACAUCGACUGGGUGCAGACGGAGAAGCACGUGUUCGAGCAGGCGUCCACCAACCCGUUCCUGGUCGGCCUUCACUCCUGUUUCCAGACAGACAGCAGGUUGUUCCUGGUGAUUGAAUACGUGAACGGCGGCGACUUGAUGUUCCACAUGCAGCGGCAGAGGAAGCUCCCUGAAGAACACGCCAGGUUUUACGCCGCUGAAAUCUGCAUCGCUCUGAACUUCCUUCAUGAAAAGGGCAUCAUCUACCGCGACCUGAAGCUGGACAACGUCCUGCUGGACCACGAGGGACACAUCAAGCUCACCGACUACGGCAUGUGCAAGGAGGGCAUCAGGCCGGGCGACACCACCAGCACCUUCUGUGGAACCCCCAACUACAUCGCUCCGGAGAUCCUGAGAGGAGAAGACUACGGCUUCAGCGUGGACUGGUGGGCUCUGGGAGUGCUGAUGUUCGAGAUGAUGGCGGGCAGGUCGCCGUUCGACAUCAUCACCGACAAUCCCGACAUGAACACGGAGGAGUACCUCUUCCAAGUUAUUCUUGAGAAGCCCAUUCGCAUCCCAAGGUCUCUGUCGGUGAAAGCUGCCAGCGUGCUCAAGGGCUUUCUGAACAAGGAUCCCAAGGAGCGGCUGGGGUGCCAGGUCCAGACAGGCUUCACCGACAUCAAGUCUCACACCUUCUUCCGCAGCAUAGACUGGCAGCAGCUGGAAAAGAAGGAGAUGACGCCGCCCUUCAAACCACAGAUCUCUGACGAGUUUGGUCUGGAAAACUUUGACACGCAGUUCACCAACGAGCCGGUGCAGCUAACGCCUGACGACGAGGACGUCAUCAAGAGGAUAGACCAGUCAGAGUUCGAGGGCUUCGAGUACAUCAACCCGCUGCUGCUGACCGCAGAGGAGUCCAUAUGAGGAGCAGCCCCUCCCCUCUGGACUGGGCGGAGCUUGCUUCCUGGCCCGUUCUGAUUGUUCUGAACUUUUCUUUGGUGUGACUCUGGACUUCCACGCCUGUUCCUCUGUGUUCUCCCGUGUCUUAGCCCCCUCCCCAUCGUCAGAGCACGGUCGGCGCUCGCCAGCAUGAACGUUCCUGGAUGAACUUCGAAGCGUCUCAUCUGCACUCCUCUGUUCUGUUUUCUACCUUGGGGGCGUGGCCUCUCGUGAAACAAGAAUGUAAGACGACAAAAGACUGAACUAAGUUAUUGUGUGUCACCACGUAGAAUCUGAGAUUGCCUUUAAUCGAUGCAAACGGCACAUUUCCAUGGUAACCUUUGAUUUCGUUCUGUGGCGGAUGAACCAACGUUUUAUUUCAAAGUGCCUCAAAAUUGACUUCAGUGCACCCCCCACCCCCCCUUCAUGGCUACAGUAACAACGUCAUCUGUCACCAAAAUAGUGAUCAAAGUGAUCAAUAAAGUCCUGAUUAUUCCUGAUUCACAAGGAAUCGACCCCCGCGGGCCUGCAGGUGUGUCUGUGCUUCCACCUGAGUGGGCGGGGCGGGGCGGGGGGGGUUCUGUCUGUUAAUGCCAUUUUCUUUAUGGUGAUUUUGGACGCCGGAGGUGAGGGGGGGGGAAUGUUCCUCCGAACACAAAGGAAUGUGUUAUUUCCAUCUAGUAAAUGGAAAAAAAUACAACAUUUCAGGCAAAUUGUCUAAAGUCAUCGUGUCUCACAUUGACUUUGAAUUUAAAGCGACUCAUGAAAUCAAUCAAAUCGAACUGAAGAUAGAAAAUCCAUCUGUGAAGCCGUAGAACAGCCUGAAGGUGGCGCCCUCAUCCAGGUGGAGUUUCAGGUUUAAUAGGAUGAACGAGCUCCGUGACGUUGAGGCUCGUGUAAAAAUUAGCUUCAUUUUUUCCCAUGAGGCUACAUCAGUUCAGUGUUGCUGUGGUAACCAUGUGGGCGGGGCAAUAAUAAAAACACUUAGGUGAACAUAAAUUUGAAGCAAAUGUUGGUUUAAAACUUUAGCAGACCUUUUUUUUUGCAUUGGACACGUGAGGUUCUCCUGGAUUCCAGACCGUUCAAAGAAGACCUGUUCUUCUCCAGACUCGACGGAAGUCUUUUUGUAGACCCGAUGGAGGUCUCUCUCCAGACUCGAUGGAGGUCUUUCUGUAGACUUGAUGGAGGUCUUUGUUCAGACUCGAUGGAGGUCUUUCUGUAGACUCCACAGAAGUCUUUUUGUAGACUUUAUGGAGGUCCUUCUGCAGACCCGAUGGAUGUCUUUCCGUAGACUUGACGCAGGUCUCUCUCCAGACUCAAUUGAGGUCUUUCUGUAGACUCGAUGGAGGUUUCUCUCCAGACUCGACAGAUGUCUUCUUGUAGACUUGAAAGAGGUCCGUCCGUAGACUCGAUGAAGGUCUUUCCAUAGACUCAAUGGAGGUCCUUCUGCAGACUCUGAGGUCCUUUUAUAGACUCGAUUGAGUUUUUUGUGUAGACUCGAUGGAGGUCCUUCUGCAGACUCGAUGGAGGUCGGUCAGUAGACUCGAUGGAGGUCCUUCAGUGAGGACAGUUCUUGUGUUUUUACACCUACGUGAGCACACGGCUGCAGAAGCCAGGCUUUUAUUAGAGAAGGCAGAGCACAGAUGGAAUGGCAUUAACAGACCGCUCUGGUUCCUCCUGCAGAAGAAGCUGCUGCUCCUUCUCCGGGGUUUACUGCUGCCAUUACAGAGGAAACAUCCGAGUCCCGAGUCAGACUUGAUAGAUCCGAGAUGUUGAAACUGAUGACCAGAGAAGAACAGAGAAGAGCAGCAUCCUCCUCUCUGCAGGGUUUAGUCUCCAGCAGGACCAACUCCUCACAAGCAGAGAAAAAUGACUUUUUUAAAUCAAGUGCUUCAUUCUCACCGCAUCUUUGUAAAUAUGUGUAAUUAUUAAAAAGGAUCCUGGUUUUCUGUGA